GCCCUUGGUCCCCAAGGCGGAUGGAAGGACGGAUGCUUCUUUCUCUUCACAAAUACCUCAUGGACGUCGUCUUUGGGAAAGCCGGAGGGGGCGGCUGGGGCAGGGCCUGUCCCUGGGCCAGGGCGGAUGGAAGCGAGUGGGCAGGGCUGAGAGAGGGUGUCAGGGACAGGGGUGAAGAGCCCCAAACUCCCCGCCCCCCCCAAUCAACUGAAAAAGCUUUAAAAAAAAAAAGACAGGAAAAAAAAGGAGUAAGAGCAAAAAGAAUGGACGAAGGAAAACUAACAACUUUCGGGUGGUUUGAUUCUUCCUUUGAUUUCUUUUUCUGUUCUCUUCUGUCCUCUCUCCUUUCUGUCUCUCUCUUCUUUCUCUCCUUUCCCUCUCCUUUCCUCUUCCUUUGCUCUUCUCUCAUCUCUCUCAACCUCAUUCUUUCUGUGUCUCUCCUCAAACCAAAGUGUCGCUGUGAAGGACGGGAGCCAUUGAAGUCUGAGUGGAGCCCAGCGGCCGCUGGGCCGGAGCAGAGGGAGGGGAAGCCGUGUGGCUUCCACUUUCUGCUGGACACUCGGGGGAGAGCAAGACGGAGCCCCAGGCCUCAGCGUUCUCUUUUUUCUUGUCUCCUUUCUCCCACCCGGGAAAUGAAACUGUUGGGCUGGGCCAUGGAGGCAGCAGAGACUCGGCCGUGGCAGGGACCUCCGGGUGCCUUCUCUGGGCAGUGGUGGAGUGGCCGCCCCCCCACCCCUGGCACCAAUGGGGCCUGGCACCAUGUCCACCCAUCCUCGCCGGAAUGUAAGCAUCUCUGCCGAACCAACUCCCUGCCCUUACCCUACCUCUGAGUUUGUCCAUGUUUAUUUCCUGAAGAGAGAAGGGAUUGGCGAGAGGGCCUGGGCCCCAGCCCGAGGGUGGAGAGGGGGCCAAGGGCUCCUGACCAGAUAGGAAGGACAUUUGAGCAGAGCAAAAUGAAAGGAAUUACAACCAAAAACCCCCUCCGAGAAGACAGGCAGCAUGGAAGGCAUGGUGGAGAUGACUCAAACAAAAACUAUGAUUCUAGACCAAAAAAAAAAAAAA